UCGAAAAGGAUCGACCUCUCUGCUUUUUUUCUGAACAGUUGAUUCUGAGACUUUGAAGGUGGUGGUGCAACGACUCGUUAAAUCUUUCUCGCACGCGCCGGCCAUACACACGUGACUGAGCUCUGAUCAUUUAUCCGGUCAACUUGAAUCAUGUUGGAAAAAGUUGCAACCCACAGUGGAAUCACCCGACAGCAUGAGUCAUCCGCUUCAGCGACGCCCAACACACCUGGGCGGCUGAUUUCAAAUAGAGUUUUUGUGGGCAACAUCCCUCCAAAUUUGGUCGAGCGUGACCUUAUUAUGCUAUUUAAUCGCUUCGGUAAGAUACGAGAUGUCAAAAUCAUACCAGAACACGCCCGCAACAAAUCUUAUGGAUUCGUCACUUUCUUCAGUGAAGCAGAUGCAAGGAGAGCCAUACAAGCGUCAGUGCAAAAUGAUUCUGUAAUGUGGGGAGAUCGCAAGCUUAACGUUGCUCCAGCAGUCAAACGGGCUAACAGUAACAAUCACAAUCCACUGCCGGCUAAUUCGAAUAGCUAUUAUCAGACUCCAAACCGGCUCGCCCAUAAUCCGUUUUAUGCCACUUCUGUGCCAGUACCGAAUGUUAACACCAUGUACACUACUAAUACGGGAGUAGUAUCGCCUACCGACCAAAGCCAGUCAGUCGAUCACAUGCAGGUUGAUGCCAGCAACAAUGCAAUGUACCAGACUGCUGUCAUUUGCCGUCUGCCUCAUCAAUACGCCAUGGCGCAAUGCCAUCAAUACUCGUCGUCCUCUAGCGGUCAUUAUUUCGUCUCUCCUGGAUUCCAGCCAUAUGUCCAGCCCGGAAGUCCGAUCCCAGCCGGCCAUCAAGCAUCGCACUAUGCUUCUUACGCUAGCAUUACCUCAAUGCCGUUGACUCCGCCUUGUUCCUCAGCAUCUCGGGAGAAUAGCGCGGGUACGGAUGGUCAGUCAGAUGUGUGCGCGGAUAGCAGCGGAGGCGAUAGCGGCAGUCAGGGUGGUGUUGCUGGUGGAGAAAAGAACGCUGCGGAAGUUUUGCCGAACGAUUCAAGUAAUGAAAAUAGCCAUCAGUCGGCCGGUCCUAACAACGAUUCUCCUUAUCCUCUUCACACGACCAUCAUGUGCUGCCCCCACCAUUCGUGCAUGCUGAGCCCAAUAUCCCCCAUCCAGCACAUGCCGAACCAAGCCGUUGCAGCAGCUGGCCUUGCCCGUUCUUGUCUUUCGCUUCAUGGCCAUCCGGCGAGCAACUGCCCAUACCCACCAAAUUCGCCAUUGAUGUACAGUUCACCAAUGGUUUACAAUCCAGCGCGUCGCUCUUCAUCAGCACGUCUCCAGCGUUGGAAUUCACUGGAUGCCAACUUGACGGGCCUCAGCCAUGGCCAUCAUCAACACCAGUCACCAAAUGGUUAUUGGGGAAACGAAUCGGCGUGGUCACGCCCGUCUUUGCUUGACGAUUCGUACGGAUCGGAGACGGGACUUUACCAAGGACCUCGAGGCUUCGACCGGCCUUUGCGGCCCGCAUUUUCUUGUCAGUCGCAUCAUGGCGGAAUGUUCUCGCCAUUUUGUCGCUCUUACGAAUACAACAUUUGGGGCCAAGGCCAUGCCCCCAACAGCGGAAGCCUAGACUACGUUGAUCAAUCCGGCAACCCCAACACUACUGCUGCUUCACAAAUGAGCAUGUCCGCACAAUCCCACUCCAGCCUGGCUCUCAAUUUGAACGAGUCGGGUACAGAGCAGCUUCAACAGCACCCAAAGAAGUAAAAAGAAACAAGUUUUGUGCAGCAUUAUUUAAUUAACUUAAAACAAACAAAAAUUAAGCAGAGAUUAUUAUGAAAUGCCUUUCAGUUCAGUUAACUAUUAUUUUCCCUUCCACCUUUGUGAUUGUGCUUAACCAUUAACACGAUAGUCGAAUACUAUGGAAUAUACUAGUAAUGGCUAAAA